UGAAUGACAAGACACACGUAGACACAAAUAUUGUUUGUAAUCAUAUUUUGACUAGUAUGUGUAUUUAAUUGUUGUUGAAUAAAUAAAUUAUAAAAUAUAUAAUUAUUAAAAUGUCUGCGAAAAAUCGUAGCAAACAAGAUAAAACUAGUGAUGUAAUAGCAUACAGUGAAGGUGCUGUUAGAAAUAAUGCAGCAGUUGUUGAAUACUGUAAAAUAUCAAUGUCAGCAUUAUCCGGUGGCACUGCUGGUUUAUUAGGACUCACAGGUCUCUACGGUUUUGGUUUUUAUAUCUUCGCUGUUGUUAGUUUAUGGGCAAUGUUAUUAAUUAAAGCCAAAGGAAAUUGGAAAAAAUAUUUUAUUAGUCGUUACAGUUUACUUACAAAUGGAUUUUUCGGCGGUUUAUUCACGUACAUUUUAUUCUGGACAUUCCUCUAUGGUAUGGUCCAUGUUUAUUGAAAACUAGGAAAAUUUUUGUAAAUAAAUUGCACGUAUUGAUAAUGUUAUUAUGAGUGACUUUCCACUUUUUCACAUUUUGAAUUAUCAAUGUUGAUGUCUAAGAAAAUAAUAUAUUUAAAAAAAAAACUAUUGAAUAAUAGGCUACUAGUUAAUUGUUUGAUAAAAAUUAUAUAAUUAUUUUCAUCAUAAUACGUCAAAUCUACAGUAAUUAUGGUUGUAAUUAAUAAUAAAAUGAUAAAGAAGACGAAGAAAUAAAACGCAAUGAAAAACCAAAAGUAGAAAUAAAAUUAAACAAGUGGCA